GAGCCAUUGAGGGCGGAGAGGGUGCCCCCCCCCCCCACCUGCUCGGUGUGCGGGCUGAGCUUCGAGGGGCUGAGCUUCGGUUGAGGACCACAUGACGGGACACAACAAGGAGAAGCGUUAUGUGUGCGACGUGUGUGGCAAGGCCUGGCAGUACCCGAGCGAGCUGGAGAUCCACCUGCGGGUGCACACGGGGGAACGUCCCUUUGACUGCUCAGAGUGCGGCAAGAGCUUCAAGAUGGCGAAUCACCUGAAGAUCCACCGGCGAGUACACACGGGCAAGAAGCCCUAUGGCUGCUCCACCUGCGGAAAGAGCUUUGCCCAGUCAUCGGGUCUGCAGGAGCACCAGCGGGUGCACAGCAGUGAGCGGCCCUUCACCUGCUCCGACUGUGGCAAAGGCUUCAAGUCGUCCACGCAGUUGAAGGUGCACAGGCGCCUGCACACCGGGGAGCGGACCUACACCUGCAGCGACUGCGGCAAGGGAUUCACACGCUCUAACAACCUGCUGGCUCACCAGCGCACCCACACUGGCGAGCCCUCCUACACCUGCGCCCAGUGCGGCAAGGGCUUCACCCACUCCAACAGGUUGCUGGAGCACCAGCACACCCACACCGGCAAGCACCCCUUCACCUGCGUCCAGUGCGGCAAGGGCUUCACCCGCUCCUCCAGGCUGCUGGAGCACCAACGCACCCACACUGGCGAGCGCCCCUUCACCUGCACCCAGUGCGGCAAGGGCUUCACCCGCACCUACACCCUGCUGUCCCACCAGCGGGUACACGCCAGCAACCGUCCCAUCCCCAGCCCGGUGUGUGGGUAGCGCUUUGCCAAGGCCUCCCAUGCCCUGUCUCACCAGCAUGUGCACAUCAGUGGCCAGCCCUACAACUGCCCAUACUGUGGUGAAGCGUUUGACAGCUCGCGAGAAUUGCGGCAGCACCGGUGAGCCCAUGCCAGCGAGCGGCUAUGCCCAGUGCGGCAAGUGCUACAAGAGUGCACUGGGGCUGCGGGAGCAACAGCGGUUACACACCGGAGAGAGACCCUUAGUGUGCACUGAGUGUGGCAAGGGUUUCACCCCCAUGUCCAGCCUGUGGCAGCACUGGCGUACCCACAGCGGUGAGCGUUCCUUCCCCUGCCCGUCCUGUGGUGAGGGCUUCACCUGCCUUGACCACCGGCGAGUAAACACCUGCCAGUGCCACUUCACCUGCCCGCUCUGUGGCAAGGCCUUUGCCCGCUCCUCCAGCGUGCUGGCACACUGCCACGUAGAUAGGCACUGUUUAGG